GGCGGGGCCUGGACGCGGUCGGAGCCCGCGAGCCGAACUGGAGCCUCAGCGCUAAGUCGCCGCCCCGGGGACCCGCCCGCCCCGCGCCUCCCGGUCCGCGCGCCCCGCAGCGUCCAGCUCUCCGCUGCCCAGCCCCGCGCCGCGCCGCGCCGAGAGGAGCCAGCUGCUCGUCCUGCCCCCGGAGUCCAGAUGGCUUCCGUGACCGACAGCAAAGCUGGUGUCAAAGAUGCUUCUGACCAGAAUUUUGACUACAUGUUCAAGCUGCUCAUCAUUGGCAACAGCAGUGUUGGCAAGACCUCCUUCCUUUUCCGCUAUGCCGAUGACACCUUCACCCCGGCCUUUGUGAGCACCGUGGGCAUCGACUUCAAGGUGAAGACCGUCUACCGCCAUGAGAAACGAGUGAAGCUGCAGAUCUGGGACACGGCUGGUCAGGAGCGGUACAGGACCAUCACCACAGCCUAUUACCGGGGAGCCAUGGGCUUCAUUCUGAUGUAUGACAUCACCAACGAGGAGUCCUUCAAUGCUGUCCAGGACUGGGCUACUCAGAUCAAGACGUACUCCUGGGACAAUGCGCAGGUCAUCCUGGUGGGGAACAAGUGUGACAUGGAGGAAGAGAGGGUGAUUCCCACUGAGAAGGGCCGGCUCCUUGCUGAGCAGCUUGGGUUUGACUUCUUUGAAGCCAGCGCCAAGGAGAACAUCAGCGUCAGGCAGGCCUUUGAGCGCCUGGUGGAUGCCAUUUGUGACAAGAUGUCUGAUUCCCUGGACACAGACCCCUCCGUGCUGGGCGCCUCCAAAAACACGCGCCUCUCCGACACCCCACCACUGCUGCAGCAAAACUGCUCAUGCUAGGCAAGGCCCAUCCUCCCUGCACCCCUCACUGUUGGCACCCCACC